AUGUCGGAAAAGCAAAAGGGCAUCUCCCUGCGCAAGAAGCGUGGAGACAAGAGCAAGAAGAAUGCGCCGCCCGUCAUCAGCGCGCCGCGACAGAUUAACGUAUCCACCAUCCUCGCAGACGCUUCCGAGGCAGACAUUAACCGCUACGAAGAUGAGCUGCGCAAGACGAAACACCGCACCUCCCUGGAUCUCCAGCACAAUGUGUACCAGAACCGGACGCAGUUCAUCAAGAUCAGUAAAGAGGCCGAGAAGCUUAAGGGCGAGAUGCGGACCCUGCGUCAGUUGAUGUCUGACCUGACCACCACACUGGAACAGACGGCAUCAGCCACUGGUGCCACCAACGACGCUGCAAGCUCCCGGAGAGCCAACCGAAGCUCCAUUGGAGACCUCAACCAAUUGCGCGCUGGCCAGUUGCAGCAGCUGUACAGGGACGUCGAGGGCUCCCAAAAGUAUCUCCCACCCAUACCUGGCCGAUACAUUGUGUGGAAGUCGACCAGAUGGUUCGAGCUCGACUCGGCCACCCUCAAGGCAAGGCGAAGAGUAAGGCUGCUGUUACUCAACGACCACCUCCUCAUCGCCGUAGAGAAGAAGGCACGCAAUGACAUUCCCGGCCAACAGCGCGACGGCGCCCGACCGAACAUGGAAUUCAUCGCCCAGCGAUGUUUCCCGCUGCAGGACACCCAGGUAACCAGGACUCCAGAGGAACGCAUCAUCAUCCGCGUUGGCUCUGAAACAUACACGUACGACACCAAGAAGGAGGAUACCGGCGACAAGGCUGCUUUCGUAGCCACUUUCCGGAAAACCAAAGACGACCUGCGCAAGACCCAAGAAGCGGAUGUGCAAGAAAAGGACCGAACGCAGGACUCUUAUAGCCAUCUACUCUCUCGUGAUCCCGCACUCAUGAACCGGACAGAGUUACUAGACAACCUUUCCGACGGCAUCAACAACGACCAGGUCAGUACCUUUGUCGAUAUCGACGGUCAGCAACGAAACAUCCGCUGGGUAGAGAGUCAGCUCGACGAUUUGGAUAUUGAGAUCGCCCUCCAGCAUUUCGAAGAAGCCGUGGUGAAAGUCGACCGGUUAAAGGUCCUAGCAAAGAACAUCAGGAGCAAUGAAAUGGCCAAGACUAUUGUUACCUACAAAGUCAAUGAACGCGCAGCCAGGCUAGCAAACGUUUUAGUCAAGCACAUGGUCGAGCACAACAACUGGUUUACCUCUGUCAAACAGCAUACAAGCUGGGUAGUGCAGCUUGGCUUUGAAGAUAGAGCUCGAGAAGCCUAUCUCGAAGCUCGAGGUAAUCUGAUCAAGACCCGCUCACGGUUCGUCCUCCAUCUCCCCCACCUUGCUCUACAGUCACUAACAUGCUCUAGCCAAUGCAUCUUCGAGGGCAACCUGCCCGAUUAUAUCUUCCAAAUCUCCUACAUCUACUUCACCAUAAUUAAAAACACCGUCGACAUGUUCCAAAAGUGCUUCCCACAACAACUAAUGUCUGCAUGUGUCAAGUGGGCCAAGGAGAACAUUGAUCAAUUCAACAUAUUGUUGAAGAGACAGUUGAGCAGUGUUGAGGAGGGGGGCAAUGUGUGGAACGAGUGCUUAACACUAGCGCAUGAGCACGCCGAAAUGCUGAGAGGCGUUGGUCUAGACUUUACAGAGUUGGUGGGCAAUGGGAUUGGGGAAAACGAUACCGAAGGAGGCCAGGGCGCUGUAGGAUUAGGAGUAUCGUAG